AUGAAAACAUUGUUUCUCUGCUCGAGAAUCCCUUUUCAACGCGAUUCUCAAACGGAUAAGCCAACACUGACUCGAUCUCAUUCAAAUUUAAUUUUCACAACUAAGGUUCUAAAAAUGAAGUAUCCAAAGGCUACAAAAGAAACUCCUGCUGAAAAUUCUGAGCAUGACUUCUCAGAAUACAUGUGGAUGGCAGAAGAAGGUGUUGAAAAUUUUGACAGACAGGUUGAAAAUGAAUUGUGGGAAGAAAUGUUCAUUGAAGCCUGUUUUGAAGAAAUGUUGGCUGAGGAAGAGCAGUGGUUCUAUCCUGAACAAAACUCUGAAUUAGCAGACAUGUUACAAGGCAUUCACUUGAGUGAGGAAUUCACAGAGGAAAGGAUAAAAAAUAGCCUGUUGAAUCCAAAUGCACCUGAAUUUAUUCCAAGAUGGUGUAAGAAUACUUCAGUGACUAAUUAA